GACAUGGUCCGAGAAUUUGAAGCUCCGUUUCAAUCAGAAAUCUGCCAACUUCCUCAAUUUCUCUUCGUCAAAUCCAUCACCCAGCUGGGAUUCUCUUAAACCAUGCGCGAGAUCGUCCACCUCCAGACCGGUCAGUGUGGCAACCAAAUUGGAUCCAAAUUCUGGGAGGUUGUUUCAGACGAGCAUGGGAUCGAUAACGAUGGAGUGUACCGCGGGACUUCCGACAUCCAGCUAGAAAGGAUAAAUGUUUAUUACAACUCGACUGGAGAUCUGGAACCUGGUACCAUGGACUCACUUCGAUCUGGUCCUCUGGGUGGUCUCUUCCGCCCCGACAACUUUGUCUUCGGGCAGAGCGGUGCUGGAAACAACUGGGCCAAAGGCCACUACACCGAAGGCGCGGAGUUGGUUGAUAGCGUUCUGGACGUGGUGCGAAAAGAAGCCGAGAACUGUGACUGCCUGCAAGGGUUCCAAAUCACACAUUCCUUGGGUGGAGGGACAGGGGCCGGUAUGGGGACACUUUUGAUUUCAAAAAUCCGUGAAGAGUACCCCGACCGCAUGAUGUGCACCUUUUCUGUGGUGCCUAGUCCAAAGACUUCUGACACAGUUGUCGAGCCUUACAACGCCACUCUGUCAGUCCACCAGCUCGUGGAAAAUUCAGAUGAGACUUUCUGCAUCGAUAAUGAGGCCUUAUACGACAUUUGCACGCGUACACUGAAGCUUAGCACUCCGACUUAUGGUGACUUAAACCACCUUGUCUCCGUUGUCAUGAGUGGCAUUUCCACCUCGCUCCGAUUCCCUGGCCAGCUUAACUCAGACCUUAGAAAGAUGGCUGUCAACCUGGUUCCUUUCCCCCGUCUUCACUUCUUCAUGGUUGGCUUCGCGCCCUUGACUGCUCGUGGAAGCCAGCAAUUCCGCGCCGUCACUGUUGCCGACCUCACGCAACAGAUGUUCGACGCUAAGAACAUGAUGGCCGCUUCUGACCCGAGACAUGGCCGAUACCUCACUGUUGCUGCCGUCUUCCGUGGGAAAGUCAGUAUGAAGGAGGUGGAGGACCAAAUGCAAAUCGUUCAGCAGAAGAACUCGUCCUACUUCGUGGAAUGGAUUCCUAGCAACGUCCUCACCGCACAAUGUGAUAUUCCUCCGCGCGGAUUCAAGAUGUCGGUGACCUUUAUUGGUAAUUCAACUUCUAUCCAGGAAUUAUUCAAGCGCGUCAGCGAUCAGUUCUCAGCGAUGUUCAAGCGCAAGGCUUUCCUUCACUGGUACACCCAGGAGGGUAUGGAUGAGAUGGAAUUCACCGAAGCUGAGUCAAACAUGCAGGACCUGGUUGCAGAGUACCAGCAAUAUCAGGAUGCCGUUGCUGAGGACGAUCCCGAGUACGAAGAUGGUGCUUAUGAACAAGAAGGUCAAGAGUAGAUGGUCUUAGCUGCUCCAUUCUCCCCUCCAGUUACCCGUUUAAAAUGCAAUUCCUCCGUUCUCCUCAUAUUCUUACUCCUUGGUCUCUCUUCUACUCUCUUCUAGUUUGCACGUCAGAUGAAGAUACCUAUACGAAUGCACAUAACUACGAUGUUUCCUUCUCACCCUUUGAAGCCAUAAAAGUGUGUCCUUGCCCGAGAGAUAGGCGGUCCGUGCGAAAAGAUUUGUGCGGAUGCAAAGUAGCUGUCCAAAUAGAACGCUAUUCGAAAUCAAAUAUAUCGACAUUCCAAG